AUUAAUUAGAUUGACUAAUUAAUUAGAAAGCCCUGCUUACACUAAAUAACAACAAAUUAUGUAUGACUAAAAUGAGAUUUUACAUAACACAAACAAAAUGUGCAUUUAAAAUAUACAUGUUAUUUCUUUCAACUUUAACGCUAAGAACUACACGAAACACUAUUUUGCAUAUGUACAUAUAUACGUAUUAUGGUGCAUCGAAAGAUGGUGUGACUACUUCACAGUACUGUAAUCAAAACCUGCUAAUUAUUCCAAUUCACACUUUAUGCAACGAAAGUUGGUCUGCUCUAUCCAGAUUUAUAUUGUCCACAAAUUCAUGGAUAUAAGUAUGCAGAGCUUUAGUGAAUAAAAUAUAAUCGUUCUGAAAAUUACAUCUAAAAAUGUCUCUUAUUUGGGGACCCAUUGUUUCCAGGAAUGUUUUCCCACGAAUCAUUCCUGCGUCUUCGGCAAAAAAUUUCAGCUCCACAACAAACCUGAGCACGAAAAUAGCUGUGCUGGGGGCGUGUGGAGGGAUUGGUCAACCUCUGUCCCUGCUUCUCAAGAUGAACCCCCGUGUCCACGAGUUGGCCAUGUACGACAUCCAGUACCCGCAAGGUGUGGCCUCCGACCUCUCCCAUGUCCCCUCGCCCUGUGCUGUGCAAGGCUUCGGAGCAGGCCAAAUCAUGGAAGCCUUGAAGGACGCAAAAAUUGUCGUGUGUGCUGCCGGCUCUCCCAGAAAGGCCGGUGUGACGCGAGAAGAACAAUUCCGAAUUAACUCAAAAGUGGUUAAAGAAUUGGCUAAAUCCUGCUCAAUAAUGAACCCACAUGCGAUUUAUUGCAUCGUAACAAACCCUAUCAACAGUACUGUCCCCUUGUUUUGUGAGAUAUUUAAAAGAGCUGGUGUUCUAAAUGAAGGCAAAAUUCUUGGCAUAAGUAACCUGGGAAUGAUGCGUGCCAGCUCGUACAUUGCAAAGGAAAAGGGUUGGAAACCAUCCUCAGUUUCUUGUCCCGUAAUUGGGGGUCAUUCUGGGAUUACAAUUGUUCCUAUAAUCUCGCAGUGCAAACCAGAUCCACAACUUAGUCCGGAGCAAGUGAAACUAGUAACUCAUGAAAUCAGGGAAGCUGGUGCUGAAAUCGUGGCAGCAAAGAAAGGGGCCGGAACCGUGGCAUUAUCCAUUGCUUGGUCUGCCCACAAGUUUAUAGAUUCAUUGCUCCGAGCGGUUGAUGGCGAAAAGGGGAUUGUGGAGACGGCGUAUGUCAAAGGUUCCGUUGCCGAAGUGAAUUAUUUUAGCAAUCCAGUUGAACUUGGGCCGGAAGGGGUUGUUAAAAAUUUGGGGCUUCCACAACUGAAUGACUACGAAAAGUCCCUGUUGAAUGAUUGCAUACCUGCGCUGACACAACAUAUUAGAGCUGGUGAGGGGGCAGCGACCGAUUCAAGACCAAAUCUGGUUCCGAAUGCAAUGGUACUUUAAAAACUCAGGGAAUGUAGUAGUUCAAAACUUAGAAACAUUCAAACUUUGGAACAUUCAAAAACAUAUUCAAGGAUUAGGGGGCGGUUGUACAAAAACGACAAUUUUGUAGUUGUGGUACUUGAUUAUUCUCUAAAAUCGCUAAUAAAUCGCAUAUAUACACAGUUA